AGCUGAAUUUACGCCACUUCCGUUGCCAGCUGGUGUGUCAAGCACAACUGCACCUUAUAUGUCAAAAAAGGACGUAUACAAAGAAUUAAGACUGCGUGGAUAUAAUUACAGCGGAAAAUUUAAAGCUAUUCAAUCUACUGAUAUUAGUGGCCAGGUUGCAUCAAUUGAAUGGGAUGGAAAUUGGGUCACGUUUAUGGACAAUAUGCUACAAGUAAAACUUCUACAAGGAGACACACGGUUGCUUUACGUUCCUACGUUUAUAUCUAGACUAAGUAUUGAUGGAAAAAAGCACAUCGAGAUGGUAGAAAGUCUAGGAGAAAAUCCCAAUGUGCCGGUUUAUGCCUCCAAACAGGCGGGUGUUAUUCAAUCUGGAGGUAUAGAAAUUCGUGGUUUAAUUGCCAGUUCCAUACCUAAAAGAAAAAAUACGUGUAUUCCAGUACUAGAGAAAUAUAUUUUUCUAUCAAAUAUGACUAAUCUGAAGUUGGAACAAGCUGUAAGAGUCAAUAUGCAAAUACUAUUAGAAAAUAUUUUUACCCUUCAAGUAAAAGCUGUGGAAUUAAUUGACGAAGCAACGCCAGAAGAAAAUAAAACAAUUGGUGACACAGUAUUCGACGUCCUCGCAGAUCAACCACUAAUUCAACCCAACAUAACCGUCCUUAGUAAGUCUGAGUUAGUAGUGAAUAACGUGACAGUAGAGGAUAAGAAGCUGCUCACUGAGGUUGACUGUCAAUUGGUUAUCGCUUCACGGCUCUUGGAAAGACCUAAUAUAUUGACGCUGGCAUUGGGAUCUCUACACACUUCUGGGUUUAUACUAUCCAGAGAAUCAAAAGAUCUGGAUCAUUCUACUUUUGAUAACGACAAUAUCUCUACGAUUACUGUUUAUACAACGGCUAAUGAAAAAUUGAUUUUAAUGAAACCAGUAUCUGAAUAUAAACCACCCAGGAUAGAAAUAUCAGCAUUAGACACUGAAUUUUCGUGGCUCCCAAAAUUACGUAGUUUUUUGGAAAAAGAAAAGGAUAUUCUUAUAUAUGUCGAUAAAGAACCUUUUAACGGAAUACUUGGAUUCUAUUCUUGUAUUCGCAGAGAACCAGGUGGUCAAAAUGUAAAACUUCUUUUUGUACUCGAUCCUUCUGCACCAGAUUUUGCUGUAAACUCGCCAUUUUACGAAUCUCAAUUAAGAAAACAAUUGUUUAUAAAUAUUUACAAGAACGGCCAAUGGGGAACUUAUAGACAUAUGCUUUUCGAUAAAAGCAAUUCAAUCGAGGCUGAGCAUUGUUAUUUGAAUUCAUUAGUAAGAGGCGAUUUGGGCUCGUUGAGGUGGAUGGAAGGACCAAUUUCAUCAAAUGAUGUGAGAUUAGAAAACCCUGAUGAAGACAUUGUGGCCGUAUACUAUGCUUCGUUAAACUUUAGAGACGUCAUGACUGCUACAGGAAAGAUAAAUGUGGAUACAAUUACUAGAGAACGAAGGGAACAAGAAUGUGUUCAAGGCUUUGAGUUUAGUGGUCGGUUAGCAAGUGGCAAGAGAGUUAUGGGCAUGGUAUCCAACGGAGCUUGUGGCUCGUAUUGCAAAGGCGACAAGUAUCUUAUGUGGGAGGUUCCAGAAAACUGGUCUUUAAGGGAUGCUGCUACCGUUCCUGUGACUUAUGCCACAGUUAUAUACGCAUUAGUGUUGAAAGCGAAUAUUAAGCCAGGGGAUUCUAUACUAAUUCACUCUGGUACUGGAGGUGUUGGUCAAGCUGCUAUAGAAAUAGCCCUUGCAAAUGGCUGUACAGUCUAUACUACAGUUGGCAAUGAAGAAAAACGAGACUUUAUAAAGAAAAAAUUUCCACAAAUAAACGAUGACCAUAUAUUCAAUUCAAGAGACACAAGUUUUGAAAAAAAAGUAAUGAAAGCUACAGAAGGUAGAGGAGUUGACGUUGUUUUGAAUUCGUUAGCUGAAAAAAAGCUUCUUGCCUCAGUUCGAUGUCUGGCAAAAGGCGGACACUUUUUGGAAAUAGGAAAAUUUGAUGCGGGCAAUAAUAAUCCUUUGAGACUUAUACUUCUCGAGAAAUCUGCCAGUUUUCACGGUGUAAUGCUGGAUAGAUUUAUGAAUCUUGACUGCUACUUUCGCCGAGAAUUAGUAGCUGUAAUGACAAAAUAUUUGAGUGAUGGUCGAAUUCAACCUCUCAAUUCAACUAUCUUUCAAAUGGACCAGGCUGAAAAAGCAUUUAGAUUCAUGAUCUCUGGAAAACAUACAGGCAAAGUAAUGAUAGAAAUCCGGAAGGAAGAAAAGAUAAAUAUUGCACACAAUUCGACGCCGGUUCUGUAUCCAUGUAUACCGAGAUAUUAUUGUGAUGGCAAGAAGACUUACAUAAUCUGUGGAGGACUGGGAGGAUUUGGAUUAGAACUAGCAGACUGGCUAGUACUAAGACGAUGUAGAAACCUAGUUUUAACAUCUCGAAAUGGAAUCAAAACCGGUUACCAAGCAUACAGAAUAUCAAUAUGGAGAUCAUACGGUUGUACCGUCUCUAUUUUUACUGAUGAUAUAACCACAGAAAGCGGCUGUGAGAGUUUAAUCAAGAAAGCCAGUUAUCUUGGACCUGUGCAUGGUAUAUUUAAUUUAGCUGUUGUACUCCAAGAUGGCAUUUUUACAAACCAAACUGAGGAUAUGUUUAAAACAAGUUUUGGCCCUAAAGCCAGAGCUGCCAAACAUUUGGACAAAGUAACGAGAAAGUACUGUCCAGAACUGAGAGAUUUUGUGAUGUUCUCUUCAGUUUCCUGUGGAAGAGGAAACCCUGGACAGACAAAUUACGGUAUGGCUAAUUCCAUUAUGGAAAGGAUUUGCGAGAAAAGAAAGACUGAUUGUUUACCAGGAUUAGCCAUUCAGUGGGGAGCUAUUGGAGAAGUGGGAUUAGUAGCUGACAUGCAGGACGAAUCUAUCGAAAUAGAAAUAGGAGGCACAUUACAACAGAAAAUUGCUAGUUGCUUAGAAGCAAUGGACUUUUUCCUAAGGCAAAACGAAUCAGCUGUAGUUUCCAGUACAGUUGUAGCGGAAAAAAGGUCGGAGCUGGUGUCUGAUGAUAUGGUUGGCGCUGUAGCUAGUGUUUUGGGAAUGAAAGAUAUAAAAACCAUUUCGAUGCAAGCUACAUUAGCGGAACUUGGUUUGGAUUCGAUGAUGACUGUGGAAAUUAAACAAACGUUAGAAAGGAACUUUGAGGUGUUUUUGACGCCGCAGGAUAUUAAGUCCAUGACUUUCGCCCGGCUCCAUAAGAUACAAGACGAGAGAGAAUCUUCGAGUUCAAGUGUAACGAAGGAGCGAGCUUUGACGGGUUAUGAAAUGAUUUUAAGUCGUCUCUCCGAUCAAAAAAAAAUUGAUAUACCGAUAAUGUCUCUUGAGGGUAAAGCAUCGAACAAAUCAAUUUCAGACAGCGUCAUUCUUAUCCCUGGAAUUGUGGGAAUAAUAGGAGAAUUAGAACCUCUUUAUAAACAAUUAGAAGGCGAAUUGUAUGGCGUGCAGUUUUGCAAUAAAAACCAAAAGGACACUAUUGAAGAUAUAGCUUCAAUAUACCUUGAGAUUGUCGAAGAAAAACUGAUCAAAUCAUCGCCUUUCAAAAUUGUCGCUUAUUCCUUCGGUGCGUUGGUUGCUUUGCAGCUAGUACAUGAGUUGGAAAAAAGGGGAUAUCAAGGUACUCUCAUAUGUAUAGAUUCGUCGCAAGAUUAUCUAAAAUCUUUAGCAAAUAUGCUAGAAGCCGAGUCUGACGAUAAAACUCAAGUGAGCUUAAUCUCUUACAUAAUGGCAAUAUUUCUUCCAGCAGAUGUCGUAGCAAAAAGUUGGAACUCAUUAUUAAAUUGCAAAAACAUUGAGGAACGUUGGGCUCUAGCUGAAAGUAUUGCUGCACCCGUAAUCAUACCUCUAAGUAAAGAAUUUAUCAUAAGCCUCUACAAGAGACAGAAAGCCAUAGUAUCGUGGACACCAACUUUUAAGCUGGAAUCAAAAAUCGUCUUGUGCAGAGCCAAACUAUCCAAUGUCAAGCUGAAAGAUAAAGAUUAUGGACUUGAGAAAAUUUCCCAGUAUCCGGUAAUUGUGCAGGAAUUCGAUGGAAAUCAUGUAACGAUGUUGAAAAAUCCAGAUUUAGCCAAUCAGAUUAACGAAACUUUUUGGAUUGAUGACACAUCUACUCAUGAGAAAUACUAAUUUAUUUUUGAUACGUUAUCAAUAAAGUAAUUUCUGUAAGCA